AUGUCAAGAUCACCAACCUCAUCACACGCUGCACCGUCAACACCCACCACCGCUUCGAUUCUCACCUCGUUGCUCUUCCUCUGCAUCCUCUCCUCCGUCUCCGCCGCCAACCCGCCGCCCGCACCCCUCCCAACCCUGCACAACGUCGUCGCUGCAGCUGCAGCAGCAGCACCACCACCACCUCGCCAGCACUACAACGCCAACCGUGACCCCCAGCAGCAGCAGCAGCAACCGUCCGGCCCGUACACGCCGCUCGUCACGCCUGCGCCCUCGGCUCUCCCCGACGACCGGGUCCUCGCCAACCAAGGAUUCCGUCAGGAGACGUACUACACAUGCAUGACGGCGCCCAGCGGCCGCGAACACUGCGGCUGGCAUACGCCUGUGCUCAAGCAGGCCAAGCAGGCCGGCGCCGUCGCGGCUCCCGGCCGGGCCACGGACGCCCGGGUCGUGGUUGUGGUCAUCGCCGCUUUGGCGGGCCUCUUUGCCGUAGGCAUGAUGUGA